AUGCACUCCGCCAACAAGCGCCCCGGCGGUGCGCCGCCGCCUCCCGCGAAGCGCCGAUCGGGCGCCGACGACGACGACUUUGACGACAUGGACCUUGACGGCAUGCUCGAGGACGAGGAGGAGAUGAUGGCGGACGAGGAGGGCCCGCCAGAGCCGCUCGAGGACGACGCGGCGGGCGCGGCCGAGGCGGACGUGCCGCAGAGCGAGCGGUGGAAGCGCCCGGACUUGCCGCCGCUCGAUCCGGCCACCGACGGGCUCGACUUCCAGCAGAUCGACGCCGACUACACCGUCGCCUCCAUGCUUCCCGAGUUUGCGACGCCCCUCUGCGCCGGCGAGCAGCGGGCGGCGUCCGUGCGCUUCUACGGCGUGACCAAGGGCGGCAACUCGGUGACGGCGCACGUGCACGGCUUCCUGCCCUACUUCUUUGUCCGCGCGUGGCCCGGCUUCAAGCCGGAGGACUGCGAGCCCUUCCGGCAGAAGCUCAACGCGCGGCUCAAAUCGGGCAAAGAGCCGGUGCUGAACCCGGUCGUGAUGGUGCGGCCGUGCCAGAAGAAGUCCAUCAUGAACUACUCCUUCGGGCAGCAGAGCGUCUUCCUCCGCAUCGUGACGUGCCUCCCCUCGCUCGUCUCGACGGCGCGCCGGCUGCUCGAGCAAGGGAUGAGCCUCCCCUCUGGCGGCGCGCACUCCUUCGAGACGUACGAGUCCAACUGGGCCUACGUGAUGCGCUUCAUGGUCGACCGCGACAUCCAGGGCAUGAGCUGGCUCUCUCUGACGGCCGGCAAGUGGCGCGCGCGCCCGUGGACCUCCGAGGGGACGGGGCACGCGACCACGUCGCAGCUGGAGGCGGACCUCUUCUUCUCGGACCUGGUCGCGCAUCAGCCAGAGGGCGAGUGGCUCGGCAUGGCGCCGAUGCGGAUCCUCUCUUUCGACAUCGAGUGCGCGGGCCGGCCUAGCGUCUUCCCGGACGCGACGCAGGACCCGGUGAUCCAGAUCGCCAACCACGUCUGCCUGCAGGGCGAGACCAAGCCGCGCAUCAAGAACAUCUUCACGCUGGACACCUGCUCCGCCAUCUCGGGGGCGCAGGUCCUCCCGUUCGAGAAGGAGGCGGAGCUGCUCGCAAAGUGGCAGCAGUUCCUCGUGGCGAGCGACGCAGACAUCAUCACGGGCUACAACAUCGCCAACUUCGACCUGCCCUACCUGCUGCUGCGCGCCGAGACGCUCAAGGUUGGCACCUUCCCGUACCUCGGGCGCAUCAAGGGGAUGAAGACGCGCGUCAAGGACAAGAUGUUCCAGUCCAAGCAGACGGGCACGCGCGAGUCCAAGGAGAUCAACAUCGAGGGCCGCGUCCAGUUCGACAUGCUGCAGGUGCUGCAGCGCGACCACAAGCUCUCCUCGUACUCGCUCAACUCCGUGUGCGCCCACUUCCUCGGCGAGCAAAAGGAGGACCAAAAGGAGGACGUGCACCACUCGAUCAUCUCUGAGCUCCAGGCCGGCAACGCGGACACGCGCCGCCGCCUCGCCGUGUACUGCCUCAAGGACGCCUACCUGCCGCAGCGGCUGCUGCAGAAGCUGAUGUGCCUGAUCAACUACUCCGAGAUGGCGCGCGUCUGCGGCGUGCCCCUCAACUACCUGCUCACGCGCGGCCAGCAGAUCAAGGUCAUGUCGCAGCUGUACCGCAAGGCAAAGACGGUCGGCUGCCUGCUGCCGGCGCACAAGCAGGGCGAGGGCGACAAGUACGAGGGCGCCACCGUGAUCGAGCCCAAGAAGGGCUUCUACCGCGAGCCCAUCCUCGAGGAGCUGCUCGGCGCGCGCAAGAAGGCAAAGGCCGACAUGAAGGCCGAGAAGGCCAAGGGCAAGGACAUGGACCCCCUCACCUACGCCGUGUACGACGGCCGCCAGCUCGCGCUCAAGGUGUCUGCCAACUCCGUCUACGGCUUCACCGGAGCGCAGGUCGGCCAGCUGCCGUGCCUCGAGAUCUCGUCCUCGGUGACCGGCUUCGGGCGGCAGAUGAUCGAGCAGACAAAGGAGUACGUCGAGGCGAACUACAACGUCGCCAAGGGGUACGAGCACGACGCGGUCGUCAUCUACGGAGACACCGACUCGGUGAUGAUCAAGUUCGGCACCGACAGCCUCGCGGAGGCGAUGCGGCUCGGCGAGGAGGCGGCGGCGCGGGUGACGCAGACCUUCAUCCAGCCGAUUAAGCUCGAGUUCGAAAAGUGCUACCACCCGUACCUGCUGAUGAACAAGAAGCGGCGCGCGCUCGCCCGCUGCGGGAGAUCGCGGGAGAUUGCGGGAGAUUGCGGGAGGUACGCGGGUCUGCUGUGGACCAGCACGGCCAAGCACGACUACAUGGACUGCAAGGGGAUCGAGACGGUGCGGCGCGACAACUGCGAGCUGGUGAAGGACGUGGUCGACACCUCGCUGCGCAACAUCCUGAUCGAGGGCGAGCCAGACAAGGCAAUCUCGCACAUCGCCAAGCUGCUGAUGAACGAGAUGGACAUGGGCAAGCUGGUCAUCUCGAAGGCACUCGUGGGCGACCGGAUCCCGUACGUGAUGGUCAAGGGCGCGGCCAAGGCCAAGGCGUGGGAGAAGGCCGAGGACCCUAUCUUUGUCCUCGACAACAACAUCCCGCUCGACACGGACUGGUAUCUCGAGCACCAGCUGUCGGAGCCGAUCAAGCGCCUCUUCGACCCGCUCGUCGACGAUGUCAAGCUGCAGGUCCUCUCGGGCGAGCACACGCGCAAGAUCAAAAAGGUGAUGCCGACCACGGGCGGGCUGAUGGGCAUGGUGACCGUGUCGGUGCGCUGCCUCGGGUGCAGAGCGGUGCUCAAGUCGGGCGGCGCUCUCUGCGCCAACUGCACGCACCGCGAGGCCGAGGUGUACAUGGAGAAGCUGCGCCACCUCUCCGCCUGCGAGAAGCGGUUCUGGCAGAUCAUGGUGCAGUGCCAGCGCAUCACCGGCGACAACUACAAGGACGUGCUCGGGAUCGCUCGCGACUCGCCAAUCUACUACCAGAUGAAGAAGGUGCAAAAGGACCUCAACGAGGCGCGGGAAACCAUCUCCCGCUUCGGAGUGCCCGUCUAG